CUUAAAAAACCGGAAUGCUCGCUGGUUCGACUAUGUUACAUGUUUUACAACAAAUCUCGCCUUACUACAAUAAACAAAGCAAUCUUCUAUCCGCUAUUAGCUAAUCUGAGUAACCUUUCACCUAGCACCAUAUCGCAAGCACUCUUGAUUCUGUGUCAUGUUCCAGUUUCGCUGCUAUGUUUAACUCGAGGAGGCAUGAGGACAAAAUUCGUGCACCAUGUUGCGACUGAUGUUCAGCCUAGUGACAGUGAUAGUGUGUUGUGAAGGUCAAUCUUCCGUGAAGACAUGCAAAUGUAACGAUAAUAGUGAUUCCAGCGAUAUUUGCUUCUGUGUUCGUUCUUAUCAGUGCGCGAGCGGGCAGGUUGUUACCGAUGGCAGAGGGAUUAUCAAUAUAAGAGCAGACUCCUUCUCAGCAAGACGCUGUCAAGGCCCAACGUCAGACGAGGAAUUAUUCUGCUGCAAAACCAACGGAACUCAACCGAGAUCUCCGGACAUCAUCGAUUUCAUAACAACUCAAGUUCCGCCUCUCCCAACUGUCAAGCCCAACAAAAAACCGAUCAGUUGCGGCGUCCAGAAGACCCGCAUCCAAGCGAGAGUGUUGACAGACGACAUCACGCCGAUCGACGGGGAAUUCCCGUGGAUUGCCGCCAUCUAUCGGAGUGAUUAUGAAGGUGAUGAGUUCCGAUACAGAUGCGCCGGGUCUCUGGUCCAUCCCAGGGUUGUUUUAACUGUUAACCAUUAUUUUAGGAGCUUUGAUCACACCCACUUCAAAGUGAUCCUCAAUGGCAAAAUCGAAUUGCCGACAGUGGGUAAACGUAUUGAAGACGAAAGAAACGUUCAAGAAAUCGUUCACCAUCCAAAGUACUAUUCAGGAGGCCUGUAUAACAAUGCAGCCUUAUUGAUAUUAGACAAACCAUACGUAUUGACUGGAGCUAUCAAUAAAGUUUGUCUGCCUCCUAAAAACGCGAACUUGGAAAACAGGACUUGUAGUCUAGCUGGUUGGGGCAGAGGCUCGGAAGUUGAUGGUCAUACGGUGCUGAAAAAGGUUGACCUGCCCGUAAUACCGCACACAGAAUGUCAGUCUAGACUGAGAGAGUCCCCAUAUUUGAGCAAAGAGUUCGUUUUAGAUGACUCUCAAAUGUGUGCUGGAGGAGAGGAAGGUAAAGAUGCUUGUGACGGAGAUGGUGGAGCUCCUCUGGUUUGUUUUGUACCUUCAGAAGACAUGUAUUUUCAGGUACAGGUAAAGAUCUUGUACAUGCCUGGAAUUGUCUGCUGUCUUUUUCAAUUUUAUGGAGGUGACAUAUAUUUAAGAAAUGUGAGGCAGAAUAUGUGGGAAUUGUAUCUUUUGGAGCGAAAUGUGGCGAAUCGGGUGUGCCUGGAGUGUACACUGAUGUCACAGCACUUAGACCAUGGAUAGAAGAAGAGCUGAAAAAAAGGAAUUUGAACUUUAAUUAAAAAUACAAGUGUUAUUAAUUUAUUUAUUGGAUAUAUUACAGUGAAGUUUAACUAUAUGCUUUGACAUAAAAAUGCAUCGUUUAACGCCAAUUUAUAACCUUCAAUGAUCCGAAACGCCAAACUUGAGUCAUGUGCUCGACGUAAAACUGUUUAUAAACAGGGAUUCCCCAACUGUAGCGCUACGCUACGCUGACGUAUUGUUAGGUCAGAUCAGCUGUUUUUUCCGCGUGCUUUUCGCUGUGUUUGACAUGACGUAUGUUUUGUUUUGUCUUUCUAAUCGGCGUGACUUCUUUUGAGAUUGUUCGCUACAUUUUAUUCAGUUUAUUUAAAUAAUAAUAUGGAUUAUCA